UGCCACAUAGUCACAGCAUGUGUAAUCACGAAUAAUUGAAGAUUUCAGCUCUGUGUAUACGUUACCAUAGUUCUUAAAAAUCUAAUAAUGUUCAUCAUUAGUUCUCAACAAUUUGCAACACACACAGAUAUCAGUUGCUUUUACAUCAAUCUUCAGUGCUCACCCUUGUAACAGCCGAGCUGUAGAACUCUGCCAGGGCCUUGUUUGCUUGUCCAACACCUAGAACUGAGACAAAAGAGACAUGCAUUCUCAGAGGGGUUAAGUCCUAGGGUGGAAUGGGGAAACUGUCAGCCAAAAAGAACAUCCUUGGAGUUUUUGUGACAGUCACUGUGUGCACCACUAUCAUUGCUUUAGUUCUGUGUUUGGCUCAGCACUACACCGUGGACCUGCCCCAUGGCACCCAGUAUGGGAUGGUUUUUGAUGCUGGAUCUUCCCACACCUCUCUCUUCAUAUAUAAAUGGCCGGGAGGCAAGGAAAACAACACUGGGAUUGUGUCACAGGUGAAAGUGUGCGAGGUGGAUGGAGGGGGUAUAUCCAGCUACAAGCAAGACCCCCCAGCUGCAGCCCAGAGUCUUCGCCAAUGCUUAGAUGUUGCCAAGGCUACAAUACCUGUUGAGCAGCAGCAGAGCUGCCCUGUGUACCUCGGAGCGACGGCAGGCAUGCGACUUCUAAGGUUACAAGAUGAGAAUGCAACAAACGACAUUAUGGAGGAGGUCACCAAAACAAUAAAUGGUUAUCCAUUUAACUUCCGUGGUGCGCAGAUACUCUCGGGUAUGGCGGAAGGGGCUUAUGGUUGGGUUACUAUCAACUAUAUACUAGAGGGUUUCAUCAAGCACACUUUUGAGGGCAAGUGGGUUCCACCGAAAGCAGGUAGGAUCCUUGGGGCUCUGGAUUUAGGAGGGGGUUCCACCCAAAUUGCCUUCACUCCCAAAGAUCCAGUUAAACAGCCUGAUUCUGAAGCUGCUCUUCAGCUCUAUGGUCAUAGGUAUGGGGUGUACACUCACAGCUACCUUUGCUUUGGGAAGGACCAGGCCAUGAAGCAACUCCAAGCAUAUCUAGUUGAGAUGAGUGGUUCUUCUGCCAUAGUUAUGCACCCAUGCUAUCAUACAGGCUUCAACCUGACGUUGACACUGGGUGACCUCUAUGACUCCCCUUGUGUGAGCAAGCCAGGAAAUAUUGACCCUGAAAAAAGUGUCACCUUCUCCGGCACAAGUGACCCCGAUCAGUGUCUGAAUCUCAUUCGGUUCGUAGUAAACAUAACAGAGUGCCCCCAUAGUCCUGACUGUGGAUUCAAUGGAGUGUACCAGCCCCCAGUCCAUGGAGAGUUCUUUGCUUAUUCAGCGUACUAUUACACCUUUGACUUCCUGGGGCUCGCCCCUCAGGCCCCCCUACCAAAGGUCACCUCCACUAUAGAGACCUUCUGUAAGAAGAGCUGGAAUUCUCUUUUGGCAGAAUAUCCUGACACAAAAGAAAAGUACCUGAGAGAAUACUGUGCGUCAGCUCAGUAUAUCAUGACCAUUCUUGUGCAAGGCUACAAGUUCAAUGAAACCUGGGACAAAAUCUACUUCCAAAAAAAGGUUGCUGACACAGACAUUGGCUGGACUCUGGGCUACAUGCUGAACCUGACUAAUCUGAUAGCCCCCAGACACCCCCUGGUGGUUACAGGCGUGCAGCGCAGUCAGUGGGCUGCUGAGGUGUUCUUCAUUGUAUUUGCACUUUUUCUCAGUCUUGUGCUGCUCAUCUUCCUAUUUGUUUGGCAACCUGAACACUAA